CUUACCAAGAAUCAUAAAGUCAAAUUAGUAAAUGCAGAAGUAUUUAUGUUUCUUGGGUGUUAUUUUAUAAGAUCCUACCUCAUUAGGAAUAUUUGUGGCAGAAGUGUGUUGCAUAUUUCAUGGCUAAAUAUAAUAAUAAAUGUUUCCAUUUUAGCAAAAGUCACUCCACUUCAAAAAAAAAAUGAAAGAGUCAAAGCAAAAGCUGCACCACCUGUAGGACCAACUUCAAUACUUGCAAGUAACAAGAAAGAAAGUUCAAAACCAGAGACAAAAAGUGGCACUACAGAAACAAGGAAAACUACCCCAAAACAGAAUCUUCACUUGAGACUUCAGGCAGUCCCAUCACAAAAUAGCAAAUGCGGCCAGAAAUACGAGCAUAAGGGAGGAAGAAGUCAUCCUGAGGAAAUAUAUGAGAAGGCACAAAACCAGGAAACGGGACUGAAAGCUGAUGAGAACAUUUUUACUGAGAAAAUUCAGAAUAACGAAGAGAGGAGAGAGGAAAAAGGCAAACAGAAAAUUACUAAGAAGGAACUGGACAGAGAAAAUGAAACACAAGGGAACCAAUUAAAGAAAAGAGAGAGUGAAAAAGAUAAAGGUGAGAAAAGAGUACAAAGGGUAAGCCUGAAAAUAGAAGAACAUGGGAAGGAAGACAAUGACAAAAAGAGUGAUAAAAAUGAGGGUGCUGACAUAGAGGAGAACAAAUACAAGGGGAAGGAAAAUGACCAAAAGGAGGGUACGUUCAAGAAAAGAGAUGAGGAAAAGGACUCAAAUGUAAAGAACAAGGAUGUGAAGGGAGGUAAGGACAAGACUAAGAACCAGUUCAAAAAUGAAAGCAAGACAGAGGUUCAGGACAAGAAGGGAGACGAGGACAAGGCAGAGAACCUGGGCCAAAAGGGAAGUGAGGACAAGAGUGAGGGCCAAGUUAAGGGGGGAAAUGAGAACAAGACAGUGAACUGGGACAGGCAAGAUGUGGACAAGGAAGGUGACCAAGAAAACAAAGGAGAUGAGGGCAAAACAAAUGACCAGGAUCAUAGGGGGGAUGAGAGCAAGAUAAAGGACCAGGACCAGACAAGAAAUGAAGACAACACUGAGAACCAGGACAAGAAGGAAGAUGAAAACAAGGCAGGGGACCAGAACAAGAAGGUAGAUGAGAACAAAAAAGGUAACAAGGAUAUUGAAGGGGAUCCAAUGGGGCAAAAGAGUGAAAUAAAAGGGAGUGUAAAGGAAAAGAAGGAGAAGGACACAGACCAAAAAGAUGAUGCUGGGAAGAAAAUGGGCAGUAAAAGAAAGUUCACAUUUAGAAAGAAAUAGUGCCACAUUUUUAGACACACCAAAGCAGAAGUGAAUAAUUUCACCCUAGUGAGUGAACUCCAUACCUAGCCUGCAACCUUCUAUGGUGUAUGAAAAUGAUAGUCUCCCAACACAUUCUUUUUAGUCACAAUGGGUCUGCUCCUGUGCAUGGAAUAUGACAACAGAGCCUUGAGAAAUGUUGUCUUUUUACAUCCGCCUCAAACUUCAACUUUCAAAUUGAGUUUUCCUAUGUAUAUAUUCAUAAUAUAUCAUUUUUAGGAGAAGACUUUUUUUUCUGCAAUAAAGCUCUACAUUAAAGAAAUGUAGAGUGUCCUUAGUGGUUGGUUUUAUUUGUUGACAUGACUGACUUA